AUGGAGCCUGAGAACUGGGGCCCUGCGGAUCUGCAUCAAAUGGGCUAUCUUGACGUGUCCGGCAACUGGCGCUGUCGGUACUCGGGCUGCUGCUCCUCCCGCGUGUUCCUCCGAGCAUGUGACCUUAGGAAGCACUUCCGCGGCCACGCCAAGUAUUUCUUCUGCACCGAAAAAAGGUGCCAGCAAGCCGGUGUCGGAUUCGCCACCCGCAAAGACUUCCAGCGACACAUGGGAUCUCAUAAGCCAGCCGUUCGCUGCAUGCAUCCUGAUUGCGAUCGUAUCUUCAGCCGGAAGGACAAUAUGAGUUCUAAGCAAGAUCUUGAGCCUACAACACAGAAGAUGCAGGCACAAUACUGA